AGACGGCUGCAUCUUUAUCGUAUCUAGCAAUUUAAAAAAUAUAUUAUGGCGAAUAGAAUAGAGAAAGGCGGAUUAGAUGCUGAAGUAGUUGCUAAGAUUGAUUCAAAAUACGAUAAGGUUCUUGCCGAAAGGUGUAUGAAGUGGAUUAAAGCGUGUAUUGAUGUUUCCGGUCAGCGCGUUGACCUUAAGAUUAGCGGAGAAAGGGCGGACGUGUUCGGACAACUUAAAGACGGAAGAAUCUUGGCAAGGUUAGCUAAUGCUUUUAAGCCAAAAAUUAUAUCAGAGAAGGUUAUUGAAAAAGCAAAUAUGCCGUUUAAGCAGAUGGAAUUAAUUGGUCAUUUUCUCCAAACAACUACAUCGGUUGGUGUACCUGAUUAUGAGCUAUUCAUGGUAGAAUCUGUUGACUUAUACGAGAAUCAGAAUCUACAACAGGUCAUUGUUUGUCUAGCAUCCUUGGCAAAAAGAAUACAAUUUCCUUUGAUAAUGGACGAAUUCUCUAAAUCCGAGUCGGAUUUAUCGACUGUUGAAAACUUACAGGAUACACUAGACGAACAGAAAAUAAAAUUAGACAACCAGAGGCUGCAAUAUGAAGAAUGGCGAUCUCAUUUUGAAAGAAGAAAGGAUGAUCUAUUAUUCAGAGCACGGAUUUUGUUAGAGAAAAGAAGAAACGAUAGACGUAUAUCAGAAAAUGAUGAAGAGUUAAAGAAGAAUCGAAAAUGGACUUCUCGAACUGACUUUCAUUCUUUUAGAAAAUAUAAUAGCUAUAUAAGAAGUAAGACAGAAUUAGAAGAAUAUUACAGGAGAUUAUUCAAUGGGCCUUUAGAAGAUUGUAUAAAAGUAAGAAAAAUCGGUAGAUUCAAAACAAGUUAA